CACCUCACUCUAUCUCCCCUCCCUCUCUUCUGCUUCACCCGUCUCUCUCUCUCUCGAUUUGCUGGUUGUACUUAAAUAUUGUUUUCUAAGAAAAACUAAUUCUUCUUCUUUUUGGGUUCUUCUCCUUUUCUCAAGAUCUGCUACUUGGUCUUAUUAUCGUUCACGAGAUCCACUUCUCUCCCUUCUCUUUUUUCUCACUCUUCCUCCUCACACAGUUUCACUGGAUCUGCGCCUUUUUGUCUCUCCCGAGUCUAUGCUUCAGACCAUGGAUCUGCAUUGUCCUCUCCGAGCUAGGGUUUUAUGACCACAUGCUUUUUGUUGCCUUCGCCGGUGUUGGCGUCAUGCAACCGUUCAGUUCAGGAGCGGAGCGGGAUGGAGAAUUCGGCCAAUGCCAUGGACUUCUCGGGAACCCCUUGGAUGCUCGUCGUGGUUUCUCGUUUGUGGCGUUUCAGCUCUUGGAGUUCUUCUGAGAAUGUUUUUUGUGAAUUUGAUUUUGGCAAGUGAAGAUGCUGACUUUGAUGGUGCUUCUUCUUCCGCUGUUGAAUUUGGUUUUCCCCUGUUGCGGGUAUCCAUUACUUCAUAUAAACUUGUCUCCUUCUGUGCUGUCCAGUCAACCACCAUCUACAAAAAGAAUAUUACAAGAUCAUGAUUUUAUUGCAGUGAGAGAAGAUCCAUAUGAUAAAUCGGUUUCAAUCUCAUUUUUCCGUCUACGUCCUUUCUCACAUUUACCGGCAUUAAUGCCAUCCAUUCGAGGAAAGUCAAUGCCAUCAAAGCCUGCAUUUGCUCCAUCUAACCCACCCCAACCAUCUUUGGGACCAUCACCUGCUCCCUCUCCUUAUCCAAUUAAUCAAGGUUUUGCCAGUCCUACCAGCAGUCCUAUCAGUAAGACAAGACAUCACCACCAUCAUCACCGAAAGAGAAUUCCUGCUGUCUCCCCAACCCCCUCUGUUGUAUCAGGUUGUGAUCAAAUCACUUGUUCAGAGCCACUUACUUCCACUCCAAUUGGUUCACCUUGUGGUUGUGUGGUUCCUAUGCAAGUUGAGCUUCAUCUAGGUGUUGCUUCUUACGCAGUCUUUCAUCUUAUUGGAGAGCUUGAGAUUGAGGUUGCAGAAGGCACAUAUCUGAAACAAAGUCAAGUAAGAAUCAUGGGUGCAAAUGCUGAUAAUCAAGAUCAAGGAACAGUUGUAGAUAUUAACCUGGUCCCACUAGGAGAAAAAUUUGAUAACACCACGGCAACACUGACAUAUGAGAGAUUUUUAAACAAGAAGGUGCCAAUUAAUGCGACUCUUUUUGGUGAUUAUGAACUGAUAUCCAUCAAAUAUCCAGGGCUUCCUUCCUCACUGCCCUUUGGGAAUAAUACGGGGAAUGGACCUAGUGGAAGUAUUGGGGGUCAUGAAAACCCUAUUAUGGCAAAUUUUCAUGGCAAGAAUCAGAGGAUGAAUGGUAGAAUUAUUGCUAUCAUUGCUUUGUCUGCAUUUGUACUCUUCUUGGUAUGUGUUCUAGGGAUGUUUAUUCUCCUAAAAUGCAAGAAGUUUACAAGACCAUCAACUGCUGUUGGCCCUACAAUCGCAUCAUCCAUUACUAAGAGAUCUGGCAUCAGGUCCUUUUUGUCAAAUAGUAUGGCCAGCUCAGCAUCAGUAUCACUUGUUUCUACCAUGGGUCCUUGUAUUCUUUCGGUAAAAACAUUUACUCUUGCUGAACUUGAGAAGGCCACUGAAAAGUUCAGUUCUAAGAAGAUUUUGGGUGAAGGAGGCUUUGGACGAGUUUAUCAUGGCAUCAUGGAAGAUGGAACCGAAGUUGCAGUUAAGUUGCUCAUAAGGGAUGAUCAGAAUGGGGACCGUGAGUUUAUUUCAGAAGUUGAGAUGCUAAGCCGAUUGCAUCACCGUAAUCUUGUCAAACUUAUUGGUAUAUGCAUUGAAGAACACAUACGCUGCUUGGUAUAUGAGCUUGUUCACAAUGGGAGUUUGGAGUCCCACUUGCAUGGUGCUGACAAGAAAAAGGGGGUUCUUGACUGGGAUGCUCGAAUGAAGAUUGCCCUUGGUGCUGCCAGAGGACUGGCAUAUCUUCAUGAGGAUUCUAAUCCUCGUGUUAUCCACCGUGACUUUAAGGCUAGUAAUGUUUUGCUGGAAGAUGAUUUCACCCCCAAGGUGUCAGAUUUUGGUCUGGCGAGGGAAGCAACUGAAGGAAGUAAUCAUAUUUCAACCCGGGUCAUGGGAACGUUUGGGUAUGUGGCUCCUGAAUAUGCAAUGACAGGGCAUCUACUUGUCAAGAGUGAUGUCUACAGUUACGGGGUUGUACUACUGGAGCUUCUGUCUGGAAGGAAGCCUGUAGACAUGUCUCAACCUCAGGGACAAGAGAAUCUUGUGACUUGGGCAAGACCACUACUUACUAACCAAGAAGGUCUGGAGAAAUUGGUGGAUCCUUCCUUGGCUGGAAGUUACAACUUUGAUGACAUGGCAAAGGUGGCAGCCAUUGCUUCAAUGUGUGUUCACCCAGAGGUCGCUCAGAGGCCAUUCAUGGGUGAAGUUGUGCAGGCACUGAAGCUCAUCUAUAAUGAUAUGGAUGAAACCUGUGGAGAUUGUUGUAGUCAGAAGGAACCAUCUGAUACUGAUUGUGACUUAAAGGGAGACUUUGGCCCUUCAGAUAGCAGUUGGUGGAAUGCAGGUGGGAUUUCCCCACGCUUGACUUACGGUUGUGCUUCUUCAUUCAUUACAAUGGAGUACUGCUCAGGUCCACUUGAUGAUAUAGAUAAUAACAGACCACAUUCAGCGUCAAGCUUUAUAGGGGGAGGAGAGGGAUCUUUACCAAUUAGGCAUGCAAACAGAUCAGGUCCCCUAAGAACGGUUCGCAGCAAACCCGCCUUUUAUAGGUUAAGAGGAAGUAUGAGUGAGCAUGGGGGCUUUAUUCCAAGGCGUGUAUGGGGUGAUAGGUAUUGGGUUUGAGUCUUGUUUCUAAUCUAAAUUUCAAAUGUACAGUCCAAAGGUGCCUGUUCUUUCCAGCUGUGCUUGAUUGGUGUGUCCUUGUAGUCAUUACUGUAGUUUUCCCCGUUGAUGGGUGAUGUUUGGUGAGAUGGGUGGAGAUGGCACAGCUUCUAAUUUUGGAACCUUGAUUCAUUUCUUAAUUGCUAGAGAUGUAAUUUGGAACUCAUGUAUUAUAUUCCCCCUGUUGGUUUUCCUUCAUAUUUCCAGAUCA